AUGGAUCUGCCAAAUAUUUCUGUCCUGUCUACAUCUGGUGUGACUGUAGCUCUCUGUGUAUUCACCCUGCUUCUACUGGCACUCAGGAGCCAACAGAAGUGUCCUGGGGCCACUCUACCCCCAGGGCCCAGACCAUGGCCCUUGGUUGGAAACCUCCUGCAGAUGGGAGAGCAGAUACAUCUUUCUCUGACUGGACUAAGGGCUCAGUACGGCGAUGUGUUUCAGAUGAAGAUGGGCUCUCUGGUGGUGGUCGUUCUUAGCGGCUACUCCACAAUCCGCCAGGCGUUGGUUCGACAAGGUGAGGCUUUCGCCGGCCGUCCAGAUCUCUUCACCUUCUCGGCUAUCGCCAAUGGAACCACCAUGACCUUCAGCGAAAAGUACGGAGAAGCCUGGAUCCUUCAUAAGAAGAUCUGCAAGAACGCUUUACGCAACUUCUCCCAGGCAGAAGCAAAGGAUUCUAGUGCCUCCUGCCUCUUGGAGGAACGGAUUUGUGCCGAGGCAGCUGAGCUGGUGGAAGCCCUGAAAGAGCAAGGAUUGAUGGACGAAAAGAAACGUGGAGAAGUUGGUCUGGAUCCAGUGAUUCCUCUCGUCACCUCAGUGGCCAAUGUAGUUUGUGCGCUGUGCUUUGGAAAACGCUAUGAUUAUAAUGACAAGGAGUUCCUCAGACUUGUCAAUAUCAACAAUGAGGUGUUGCGAAUCUUUGGUACCGGGAAUUUAGCUGAUUUUUUCCCUGUUUUUCGCUACUUGCCCAGUCCAUCUCUCAGGAGGAUGGUGCAAUUUAUCCGCCAGAUGAAUAGCUUCAUGGAGGAGAACAUCAAAGAACAUCUCACCACCUUUGACAAGAACUGUAUCCGUGACAUCACCGAUGCCUUAAUUGCUCUGUGCGAGGACCGACAAGAGGAGGCGAAAAGCGUCAUGCUCACCAACUCCCAGAUAGUCCACAGCGUCAUUGACAUCUUUGGAGCCGGGUUUGACACAAUCAUAGCUGGUUUGCAAUGGAGCCUUCUGUAUCUCAUUAAGUUCCCCAGCAUCCAAGCAAAGAUCUUCCAGGAGAUCGACAACCACGUGGGGUCAAACAGACUGCCAUGUUUCGAGGACAGGCCGAAAAUGCCGUACACCCAAGCGUUUAUAAACGAGGUCUUCCGUCACGCCUCCUACGUGCCAUUCACUAUACCGCACUGCACCACGGACAACAUCACCCUCAACGGAUACUUUAUCCCCAAGGACACCUGUGUGUUCAUCAAUCAGUAUCAAGUUAAUCAUGAUAUGGACAUUUGGGGAGAUCCAGACAACUUUCGUCCGGAACGUUUCCUUGACAGCGAGGGAAAACUGAACAAAGACUUGUCGGAGAAAGUGAUGAUUUUUGGGAUGGGGAAGCGCCGUUGCCUAGGCGACAGGUUUGCCCAGUUUGAGAUGUUUGUGUUUUUGACCACCAUGCUCCACCGUCUUCACAUAGAGAACAUUCCAGGUCAGAAGCUGGACCUCACUGCUGACUUUGGGCUUACCAUGAAACCCAGACCAUACCGGAUCAAAGUGUCUCCUCGAACCUAG